AACUCUCAGGGAUCUAACCUUUCAGCUAGUUUUCGGAAUUUCGCUGAAUCCUUGGGACGUAGGGCGCGGUCGCAUAGUGCUCGCCACCGAAAUAAUUCGCCCAGUAUACAGUGUGGUGCCCUUUCUUUUCCCGUCGAAUUUUCACUUAGAAUUGAUUCUCUACCCCCCGCCUCCUCUUGCUACCCUGGAGAGCAUACAUUCAAUUUGACCUCAGGAGAAAUCCAUGAAUUUGUGUGCGCCACCGAAAUAAUUAGCCCAGUAUACAGUGUGGUACCCUUACUUUUUCCGUCGAAUUUUCACUUAGAAUUGAUUCUCUACCCCUCCCCCCUCCCCUCUUGCUACCCUGGAGAGCGUUCAUUCAAUUUGACACCAGGAGAAAUCCAUGAAUUUGUGUGCGCAAUAUUAGCAACUAAUAGUGUUUUGCCCCUAAACGCUUCAUAAUUUUGGCAAACUGCGUUAGUUUUCACCGUCGAGUACAGUCUCUCCCAAUGGUGGUUUUUGACUCUAUGAUUUGCAGUCAAUUUUUUUUUGCUAGUAAUGUGAGAUGAGAAACGGUUGAGGGGAAAACAAAAUAGAAGGCGAGAAGAAGAAAGUAAGAGUUCGGAAAGUUGCAUCCACGCACGGAGAGAGGCACGGCAAUUUUUUCGCGCCGUUGAAUUGCUUAAUUUCUUUCGUUUACCGUCCUUUAGUUUUUGUUUCGUGCGUUAUUCCUCUGGACCUCUAAACGAUUCGAAACAGUUAUCUUUGUGAAAAAUAUUUUUUAUUCAAAUGUGCAAUCCGGAGAGAAGAACUGCUUGAUACGUUCAGAUCACUGCAUAGAAUAACUUCAAAUCCACGUUAACCAAUAAUGCAUAGCCCACUGGACAAUACCUCAUGGGACAGAUCUAGCGAUGGCGAUUUCGACGAAGAUGUCUCGACCAAUUCCUCAGAUCACAUGGCUCAUAUUUUGGCCCCCCUAACGCCUUCUUCUGAUGAGUAUGACCAGUCACCAUACUCUACUCAAUACACUAAAACUUCAUUAAAUUCUGGCAAUGGGCAUCCAAAUGCCCGGCGAUGUUUAGUUUGGGCAUGCAAAGCGUGUAAGAAAAAAACAGUGACUAUAGAUAGGAGAAAAGCUGCAACAAUAAGAGAGAGGAGAAGACUUCGUAAGGUAAAUGAAGCAUUUGAGAUACUUAAGCGAAGGACCAGCUCAAAUCCAAACCAAAGGCUUCCAAAAGUUGAGAUUCUUCGAAACGCCAUCGAAUACAUAGAAUCCUUAGAAGAUAUUUUAACCUCAAGUAGACCUAAAUUGAAAAUGAAUCAGGAUGUGUACGCUGACUACGAAUAUCUGGGAAUAAAUCGGAACCGUUCCGAGGCAAAUGGAGUUGAUCGAUUGUCAACCUUAAAAUGCGAAAAAUUUGAUCCCUUAGCAGACACGUACGACAAGAGUGGGUUCGCGGACUCCGUCAAUGGCACGACAUCAAGUUUGGAUUGCCUCUCUCUGAUCGUCGAGAGCAUCAGCUCUAAAAAACCAUCAUCAUC